GGCGUCUUUGAGACCAUCCGAAAAUUUAAGCUUCAUUGUGUUGCGAAUAUAGAAUAUUACGUCAAAAGAAUUAAGUAGCAUCGUUAAUUUUUUCCUCUGAAAGACCUAAUUGUUUUCAUAAAAUGUUUGAGAAACCAUCAAAUACUGAAUGGGAGAGGAUAGUUAAAAUAUUUCAUAAAUUAUUUUGGUCUUCAAUGCAAAUUGCCGGAUUUUUGACGUCAUCAGUUUAAUUUUUACCGCCUUCGGUCUCGAAGACACAUCUCUACCGAAACAAAUCCUUGAACAAAGCCCACAAAUCCCAAACAGAAACAACAGCAAGAAGAGGUUGGGUGAGGAUCGUGGGGAUUUGCGACCACUUUUAUUUUAACAAGGCACUUUCUUCCCAAAAAAGUUAGAGAUGGCUGCGAAGUUUGAACACUACAAGGCUGAACUGGAAAAGUUUCUUAAUAAAAGGAACAAAUUUACAGAAUAUCUUGAACUUGCUGAGAAGAAGACCGGUGUCCAGCGCCUCUACAUCUUCCUUGGCGUGGUUGCCCUGCUGGCGCUGUACCUGGCCUUCGGCUACGCCGCCGGUCUGCUGUGCAACAUCAUCGCGUUCGUGUACCCCGCCUACGCGUCCAUCAAGGCCGUGGAGUCGUCGCGCAAGGAGGACGACACCCAGUGGCUGACCUACUGGGUGGUGUACGCCGUGUUCGGCACCGUCGAGUUCUUCUCCGACAUCCUGCUCAGCUGGUUCCCGUUCUACUGGCUGUUCAAGUGUAUGUUCCUGAUGUACUGCGCCGUGCCGGCCUCGUGGAACGGCAGCGCCGUCAUCUACAAGCGUGUCAUCAGGCCCCACUUCCUCAAGUAUGAGAGUGAUCUGGACGAGAUUGCCGAUGAGAUCCGUGAAAAGGCCAAGAAGUAUGUCGACCUGUCGGCGCAGAAGGCGAUGGAGACUGCCAGCGAUGCCGCUAAUAAGCUGGAGUGAGAGAGGGGUCGCCACAGGGGCGAACUGAGCGAGCUCCAGCCGCAGCAGAGCCGUCCUUCGCGACCGACCGCCAGUGUGUCUGGUGCUUUACAAGGACGUAUGUCAGCGUGCACGGGACCGGCAGUGGACUCUGGUGGCUGUCCGAAGCCCUCACUCAUGGUCUUUGUACAUGUUUUUGGGAGGCGUACUGUCCCGCUUGGUCUGUUUCUUAGGAUCUUUUUUGAUAGUUUUUCCUUUUCGUAGCCAGGCGACGGCUCUAAGUUCGUAAGCUGUUGCCUGUGUGUGGCACCUCUUCAAAGUGUAAUCAAUGUAUUCUGGUGCUUGGGCAGUUUUACAGGCAUCUGCGCCCUCCGAUGAUAACGCGCUGUUAUUGGUGACCCAGUGCCUCGCGAUCGCUUGCAAGAUUAUUACAUGCUGGUUGUGAAUCUCGCUCUAUCCAUGCAUCGUUGUUGCUGUCAGGCUUGUUGCACUGCAGUCGCACUGUGUGCGAGCCGCGAGGUUUAUAUAUUCUGGUCUAUCGCUCUUCGACAUGCCAAGCUGGUCACAACAAGCUAUCGGGCAAUCUGAGCGUCACCUGUCUCGUCACUAGUCUUGUUUGGAAUAACAAACUAGUAUUGCUGUGAAUCCCUUCUACCGAAAAUAAAGCUUUAAGUCAUU